AGGGCUUAAUAGUAGUGGGAAAUAGCUGUAUCUUUCUAUAACAGUUCCACUUCCGUUUAUGAUGAGGAUAGUAAUUCUCGGAGUCGAGGGUCUCUAGGGAUUCUCUCUCAAUAUAUGAUCCAAACGUUGAAGAGAAUAGAAGGGAAGAGAAGAUCUUUUUCUGUUGUUGUACCCAAAACUACUCAUCGUCACUUUCCAUUGUGAGAGAUAGAGAGAGAGAGAGAGAGAUGGAAAGAAGGGUCGACGAAGGAGAAGAGGGAGGACUCAGUCCUUUGGAAAAAGAAGAUGGUAAAAUUUUGGUGGAAGAAGCUUUCAAGGACAUCACAGUGCCUCCAUGGACAAAGCAAAUCACCUUGAGGGCUAUGGUUACGAGCUUUAUUUUGAGUGUAGUUUUCAAUUUUAUUGUGUGUAAGCUAAAUCUCACCACUGGUGUUAUCCCUUCCCUUAACGUUGCUGCUGGGUUGUUGGGUUUUGGUAUUCUCAAGUUUUGGAGUACUUUGCUUGGAAAAACCGGCUUCUUAAAGCAGCCUUUCACUCGUCAAGAGAAUACUGUAAUCCAAACCUGUGUGGUUGCAUCCUCUGGAAUUGCCUUUAGCAGUGGCACUGCAAGUUACAUGUUGGGUAUGAGUUCAAGAAUAGCUGCUCAAGCUGAGGGAGGAAAUACCCCUUCCAAUAUCAAGAAUCUUUCUAUUGGUUGGAUGAUCGGUUUUCUUUUUGUUGUAAGCUUUGUUGGUUUGUUUUCUAUAGUACCCUUAAGAAAGAUGAUGAUCUUGAGAUACAAGUUAACAUACCCCAGCGGGACAGCAACUGCAUACCUCAUCAACAGCUUCCACACACCCAAAGGAGCCAAACUGGCCAAGAAGCAAGUUGGUGUUCUCUUCAAGUUCUUCAGUUUUAGUUUUUUGUGGGCAUUUUUCCAAUGGUUUUUCACUGCUGGAGACGGCUGUGGUUUUGCCAGCUUCCCCACUUUUGGUCUCAAAGCUGCUGAUGAGAGGUUCUACUUUGAUUUCUCCUCAACAUAUGUGGGGGUUGGAAUGAUUUGUCCUUACAUGGUAAAUAUUUCCUUGCUUCUUGGAGCCGUCAUUUCAUGGGGAAUCAUGUGGCCAGCAAUUGAGACUAAAAAGGGUAUUUGGUAUAGUGCUGAUCUAUCUGCAAGCAGUCUCCAUGGAAUCCAAGGAUACAGGGUUUUUAUUGCUAUUGCCACAAUGCUUGGUGAUGGGCUUUACCAUGUAAUCGUCAUGCUAACCAGAACGUCGUGGGAUCUAAUAGCUCGAAAUUCCAAAAAUAGGGAUCGUUCUUCUAUAACUCCUGCAGCUGGUGAUGACAACUCUCAGAUUAUAAACUCUGAUGAGGAACGAAGAAAAGAAUUCUUUCUAAAAGAUCAGAUCCCUGGCUGGGUAGCCUUGGUUGGCUAUAUUUGCCUUGCAACCAUUUCCAUCAUCACUGUACCUUUCAUCUUUCAUCAAUUGAAAUGGUACCAUAUCUUGGUUGCUUAUGCAAUAGCUCCAGUUUUGGCCUUCUGCAACGCCUAUGGAUGUGGUCUAACUGAUUGGUCUCUUGCAUCAAACUAUGGAAAAUUUGCCAUCAUCAUUUUCAGUGCUUGGGUUGGCCACGAUGGAGGGAUAGUUGCAGGCCUUGCUUCUUGUGGUGUGAUGAUGAGCAUUGUCUCAACAGCAUCUGAUCUUAUGCAAGACUUCAAGACUGGAUACUUAACCCUUUCUUCAGCAAGAUCUAUGUUCUUUAGCCAGGUUGCUGGAACUGCUAUGGGAUGUUUGAUAACUCCUUUGGUGUUUUGGUUCUUUUACAGUGCUUACACUAUAGGGGAUCCUGAAGGCGCCUAUCCAGCACCUUAUGGGCUAAUCUACCGUGGGAUUGCCCUUCUCGGUGUAGAGGGUAUCUCUUCCCUUCCGAAACAUUGUCUGGCAUUGUCCAUCUCAUUUUUCAUUGCUGCCAUAGCUAUUAAUGCGAUUCGAGACCUGUUACAGAAGUUUGAAACCACACACAGGAUCUACAGGUUUAUUCCUAGCCCAAUGUGCAUGGCAAUUCCAUUUUAUCUUGGUGCCUACUUUGCUAUAGAUAUGUUUGUUGGAAGUUUGAUUCUUUUCAUAUGGGAGAAGAUGAACAAGCGAAGGGCUACUGAUUUUUCACCUGCUGUGGCUUCUGGACUCAUUUGUGGUGACUCUUUGUGGGGAAUCCCUGCAGCAAUACUAUCUCUUACUGGUGUUAAUCCUCCUAUAUGCAUGAAGUUUCUUUCUGCUGCUGCUAAUGGUAGGGUUGAUAAGUUUUUGAGUGGUAAUUAGCUAGUGAUGUUUGAAUAGUAUUUCUAUCUUAAGUAGUUUUGUGUGUCUACUUGGUUUUCUUUCAUUGGUACAAAUGCAAGCUUUCCUUGUGUAAUUACUUAAUUGAUCUAUUUCUAAACUUAUUGUUAAAUGUCUUUUGGGCAAUAUAUUGUGUUUGUGAUUUCAUAA